AUGGAUAAAUGUUUUGUCGCCUGCGGCUGUGAUGAUCUAGAAGGAAUUACAAAAUCAGAUUUAGAUCGGUAUACGGAUAAAAUAGAAAAUGUUCUUAGUGACCAGAAAGGGCGGAGACUUUUUAGGAAUUUCAUGUUUUCCUGUAAAAUGAAUCACGGUCGCCGUGUAUUAGAUUUUUGGGAAAAUAUCGAAAGGUUACUCAAUCAAAGUGAAGAUUCAGAGGGUGCAUCUUUUGUUCAUUAUUUGCGAAAUUACGACCGUUUGUCUGAAGAAGCUGAGAGAAUAGAAGAAUUAGAUCUUGCUACCAUGGAGAGAAUGAUAACCGCGCGAGACUCGGAGAACAAAGAAGAAAUGGAAGAAUGUCUUAAAAUUUUAAAAGUAGAAGCAACAAAAGCACUUAGAAGGGAGUAUAACGCAUUCAGACAUCGAUUUAUUUCAUCCAGUAGUAAU